AUGGCCAGGAAUGCCGACGAAAAGGUGAAAGGCCUCCAGGCGCCAAGCGUGGCAGAGAACAUCGAGAAGGCCAAAGGAUUCUGUAACAAAAUGGAUUGUCUCCUUGCAAAUCGGCCGAGUAGUGAGAGCAUGUAUCUCUUUGGGGACAACCCAACGGUGUUGGACGCCCACACACUUCCAUUCCUGAUCCGAAUGCUGGACGUCGGUAAAGAGUUCAUCAUUCCCGAUGGGUUGGCCAAGUAUAUAGGGACUCUCAAGAGGCAGCAAGAAUGGCAGGGAAUUACUCCCAAUGUAAAGACAAUUCCGGAUGUGUCCCUCUCAGGACUAAAGACUCAUGGUUGA